CUGAGCAACUUGUUUUCCUUCUUUCUCUUCUCCGUCCAUUUACAAUCAAUUUCAACAAUUUCCUGUUUCUUUCCACCAAUUCUAAUCCAAUCCAAUCCAAUUUUUAUCCAUCAAACUUCCUCUUGCUUCUGCUCUCUCCUCUCUCCUAUAUCAUUUUCUUUACCUGAAGCUAAAGAUUCUGCGCCUUCUUUUUGCAUUCAUCUUCUUCGGCAUCAGCUACGAGCAUAAGAUUUUGCAGAAGAAAAACCCCGAGCACGAACCAGUUUGGUUUGGUUUGAACCUUUUUUUUAGCUAUUGUUUGGUUGUUGGGUAUAAGAGAUGGAGAGGGUUGUGGGAGGAAAGUACAAGAUCGGUAAGAAAAUUGGAAGCGGUUCCUUUGGUGAAAUUUAUAUUGCUACAAAUAUUGAGACCUCUGAGAUUGUGGCCGUCAAGAUGGAGAACAAGAAAACCAAACAUCCACAGCUGCUCUAUGAGGCAAAGUUGUAUAAUCUUCUUCAAGGAGAAAGCGGUGUACCAAGUAUGAAAUGGUGUGGCAUUGAUGGAGACAAUAAUGUUCUAGUUAUUGAUCUUCUGGGACCGAGUCUCGAGGACCUUUUUGUCUAUUGCGGGAGAAAAUUUACAUUGAAAACAGUUUUGAUGUUGGCUGAUCAGAUGCUUACGAGAAUCGAGUACCUACAUUCGAAGGGAUAUUUGCAUAGAGACAUCAAACCAGAUAACUUCCUUAUGGGUCUUGGGAGGAAAGCAACCCAGGUUUAUAUUAUUGACUUUGGACUUGCAAAAAGAUAUAAGGACCUUAGCACAAAUAAACAUAUUCCUUACAGAGAGAAUAAAAACUUAACAGGAACUGCACGCUAUGCAAGUUGUAAUACUCACAUAGGAAUUGAGCAAAGUCGUCGAGAUGAUUUAGAGUCUCUUGGCUAUGUUCUUAUGUACUUCUUAAGAGGAAGCCUUCCCUGGCAGGGUCUGAAAGCUGUCACCAAAAAGGAAAAAUAUGAUAGGAUUUGUGAGAAGAAGUUGUCAACUCCCAUUGAGAUGCUUUGCAAGUCAUAUCCCGUGGAGUUCGCUUCUUACUUUCAUUAUUGCCACUCCUUGACAUUUGAUCAACUACCAGAUUAUGGAUUCUUGAAGCGCUUGUUUCGUGAAUUGUUCUCUCGUGAAGGAUUUGAAUCUGACAAUUUGUUUGACUGGACCAUUCUAAAGUACCAACAGACACAACAGAGACAGAGACAGAUACAAAAUCAAACAGCUCCUUCAGCUGCUGUACCUAGCAGUCUAGAACCCAUGGCUACGGACAAGAAUACAGGUUCAGGAGUCAAUGAUUCAACUCAUGUAACUGCAACAAGACAGUUGGCGAACCAGAAUCAUGAUCGUCCAAGCGCAACUGCACAGCCUAAACCAUCUGUUGGUCACAAUCAUAGUUUCAAGAAUCAGACUGAGAAACAUAACGGGAACAACGGUCCUUCUACAUCAUCUGGCUUGCCAAAAUCCUCUAAAGAAAAUGCAUCAAAAGCAGAAAAGCCCUUAGGAAGUUCACACAUUGCUCGCGUUUUCGGUAGUAAUUCUCGUACUUCAAGCAGUUGGAUUCCUUCGCUACGCCGAAUUUCUUCAGCCAAAUAAUAUACAGGAGUUUGAAGUAGCCACCUAGAGCUUGUUUUUCCAUGGUCUCUCACAUGUCACGGCAUUUACUUCACCAGAGCAAUAGUGGCAUGUUAUGUCAAGCCAAAAGAAAAGAAAUGCCACUUCCAUUUGUAAUUUUACCACUUCUAAAUGCAUAGGUACAUACACAACAUGCUGGUGGGUAAGUAAGAUUCAUAUGAAAGGAAGAGGCAGGUGCAAACCUUUGAGGCUUAAGUGAAGAGUUGAACAAGUUUUGGAGAAAACUAUGUAUGCUUGAUUUUAUUGGCAUGGAUGGCAUCAUGCCACACUUGGCUCAAGGGUUGAAUUGAAGAAUGAAGAUUGUGGUGUAGACCUUGAAAAUUGUGGGAAAGGGUCUGUUUGGCUGGGUUGCAUUUUUUGUAUUAACAAUUAAUGAGUUUUAUGAUGGAUGAGUCAAAAUAUGGAUAUGGGUGGGUGAGGCCCAUGGGCAUAAUCCCUUUUCUUUUUUUUCUUUUUCUAUUUAAUUUUUGACCUGGUCAUCUCAACUUAUAUCACAUUAAUCUCUCUCAAUCAUUCAUUAUACAAGUUUGAUUUAUUAUUAUCA